UCUUUGCGUACGGACUGUUUGUAAACAAUCUUUUAUCGCUGUCGACCACUCGUCCCUAGUAGGUUCAGACAGUCAUCGUCGACCACAUUGCGAAAGAACGUUCGAAAAAAGAAUUCGUGCGCGUCCAACGAUCCGAGCGAAAUUGAAAGUUCUGCGCCCCGGGUGUCUCUUAUCGGGUAGCCAUCAGUUCCAGUCCAACUAAUCGUGACAAUUUUCGCGCUUUCCAGCUCAAUCGGAGAGAAACCAGGAAAGUGUCCCGGAUAGCACAGUCAUCGUCGUCAGCAUCGUCAUCGUCAUCAUCAACAUUAUCAACGGCAGCGUUUUGAAAUUUUUGCUGCGUGAAACCAACCAUAUCAUCCAGUCUGUCCGAUUUUUUUCGAGGAUUUAAUUAAAACAUCAGACCAAAAAUGAACACUUUGCUCAUAUUGUCCGCUGUCAUGACAGUAAUCGCAGCUCAGAGAGAUUAUACUACACCGGUUCCGAUUCUGAAACAGAUUAACCGGCACAAUGAGGAUGGAAGUUACAGCUAUGGGUAUGAGGCCGCUGACGGAUCCUUCAAAAUUGAAACGAAAUAUCCCACCGGAGAGGUUCAAGGUAAAUACGGAUAUGUCGACGACGCUGGUAAAUUGCGGGAGAUCGAGUAUGGAGCGAGCAAAAGAGGAUUCGAGCCUGUUGGCACUGAUAUUAACGUUCCACCGCCAACGUUGAAUAACAACAACAAUUAUCCACCGUUGGGCCCCGAUGAAGAGGACGAUGGACAGUACCGUGAAGAUCCCAGCAUCUAUUACAAAGACGCGCGUUACAAUUCAAAACCAUCAGUUUCGGCGUUCCAGUCACGUCCGGCUCCCGUUCAGUACAACUCAGCUCCGCAGCAAUAUUACCAAAACAAUGUAACUCCUGCUCCAGCGGCUCCAUCAUAUCAACAACCACAACAUCGGUUCCAACCUCAGCCGCAGUAUUACCAACCUCAGCAACCUCAGCAACGUGUCGACUAUUGGCACCCGAACGCUAGGGUAGACAUUAAUACUGGAUCGUACUCGCUUAGCUACACUGGUCUGGUGGUAGCUUGUCUGAUGGGAACCGUGAUAGCUCAGCAGGACUAUCAGCAGGAAUAUCGACCAGCACCGCACAGGAUCGGUACAAAUGCCGCAGAGCCAAAGCCUACCCCGAUACCGAUUCUGAAGCAGAUCAACAGACACAAUGAAGACGGAUCGUACACAUAUGGAUAUGAGGGCGCAGAUGGAUCGUUCAAAAUCGAAACGAAACUAGCGACCGGUGAAGUGAAGGGUAAAUACGGGUACGUCGAUGAAAGUGGUAAAGUCAAGGUGGUCGAAUACGGAGCUAAUAAAUAUGGAUUCCAACCUUCCGGUGAAGGUAUCACUGUUCCACCACCAACUCUUGUUGAUGAAACGACAGGAAAGGAUGCUCUUUUAGAUUACGAAGACAAUGUUCCUGCCCCAAGACCGCAGAAGAUUCGACCAGCAAAGCCGGUAUUCCAGCAAGUGCCUCAGCACCGCCCUCAACCUCAGUAUUAUGACUACGAAGAAGAGCAGCAGCAUCAAACACAGGCCCAACCACGACCUCAGCCUCAACCACAACCACAAUAUCAGCAAGGCCAAUACAUUCAGCACUCAAAUUUCGGCCCAGUCGCCAGUCCUGUUCCCCGGCAACGUCCCCAGAUUUCAAAUGCCGUUCCUGUUGAUGUGAUCUAUUCACCUCAGCAACGCCCAGCUCGGCCUGAGCCGAAUUACGAUACACGACCACAAACCUUCCCAGUCGCAGCACCUGCUCCGGAACCUAGAAUUCGAUACUCCGCACCAGCAUUUGCUGCUGCUGCUCCCGCCCCAGUUCCAAACACAAACCUUGCUCCCCAACCAGCCUUUGCCACUCAGUCUGCAUAUGCACCAGACCCUCAGCCCCGACCUGCCCCAGCUGUUUAUCAGGCUCGACCAGCUCAAGGACGUAGCACCAGUGUUCUGGAUCAGUUAGCGAAAGACUACGCUUUGCCACAGGGAGGAGCUGCGCCACUACACGACAUUUCUUUCGGUUACUACUAAGGGAUGUUAGUGAUUUGUUAAUCACACAACAAUUCUGUUCGCCCGUGUUGAGUUCUUUCCAGAAAGUAAUGAAACAACUGCCAUCUAGAAAGUGAUUGCUUAAUCUAUGUCAGGCAUUAGUUCGUGAAGGAAUAGACAUGUAUUAGAAAUUGAGAAACAACUAUGAAGAACUGAUAAUUUUAAUAAAUCACCAAAACCGAA